AUGAUCUUUAUUUAUUUUAAAAUAUUAUUCUUUUCACUUUUAUUAGAUACAUUCAUAUCUUCACAUACUAACAUUCCUAGAACUAACAAGAAUAAUUCCCAAAAUGCUACAGCUAAUAAAACACCGGUAGAUACCAUACCAGAUCUUAUUACUUUAGAUUAUAUAAGAGAUCAAUUAAAACAAAUAAAACUAAUAAAAGAUGAAAUAAUCAAGGAGAAAUUAAAAAAAAUCAAAUACCUAAAAAAGAAAAAUAAAGAUAAAAAUAAAAAGGACCAUAAUGAUAUUAAAGACGAAAUCGAAAAAUUAGAAAAAGAAAUAUUGGAUACCAAAACAUUAUGCGAAGAUUAUAUAAAAAAUGAAUUAAAAGAAAUCUCAUUAUUAAAAGAUCAAAUUGUUAAGGAUAAAAUAGAAAAAUACCACUGGAACAGAGGUAAAUUAAUAGACUAUGAACUAAAAAAACUUUUCUUAGAACAAGAAAAAAAAAAAUUACUAGAAUCAUAUGAACAAUAUCAAAAGGAAGAACAAGAAAAAAAAAAACUGAAGGAAAAAAUUUUGAAAGAAAAAUUAAUUAAAAGAAAAUUGAAAAUUGAAAAAUUCAAAAAUGAAAGUAUUAUAUAUAAAUUAUUUUUAGAAAUAAAGAAUUAUUUGGUUGAAUAUAUAAAUGAUGGUCCAGAUGUAGAAUUAACAUGUGCAAAAUAUUUUCAAGAUUUAUUUAAAAAGAAAAAAGGUAAAAGAAAAACAUUUUUCGAAUUAUGGAGUUCAUUUUAUGAAAUAAUAGAAGAGAAAGUUGAUAAAUAUCAAAUUGGAGGUUAUACUAUAGGAUUAGGAAUAAUAGCAGCAAUAGGGAAAUCCAUACAUUCUAUUGUAGCAUCACCUAUGGUUUGUAUCAAGGCAUCUGCACUUUCUGCACAAUUAGCUGCAGAAGCAUCUUCAGGAUCACAUGUUAUUGCCAGCUGUUGCAAACUUAAAACAUUACAAGCCGCUUGCGCUGCGACUGUCUCCCCUGAUCCUGCAACUAAAUUUGUAGCAAUAAUAAUAAUUGUUAUUCUUAUUAUAGUACUUAUGAUAUAUUUAUAUUUUUUAAUUGAAAAAUCGGGAAUAUUAGAAAACGAGCACGUCCAAAAAGUAUUAUCCAAAUUAGGAGAUUAUUAUAAUUCACAACAAGUUUUAUAUAUUAUUUGA